AUGGACAAUAAGAAAUUAGCCUCGGAAAAGGACCGGGAGGAGGGUAAGGUCGACCCCCCGGCGACGGACAGACCUGAAAGACGACCGAAGCAACAUAACGUGAGUUACGAAGUAAUCGAGAGAGAGAUGGAGGAAAGAGUAAUGGGCAGAAGUAUGAAGACGGCACGUACACCCCCAAGAGUAGAGAGUCAAUCGAAGAGUAGUACAGAUACUUCGAAUGGGGAAGAUGAGUCAGAAGAAGAGCUAGACAAAACAAUAAUAGAGAAGAGUGAGGAGAGUAAGGCAGGAGAAAAAAAAGAGCAUGUUCGGCUGUGCACGGAAGUAAUAGACUUAGAGAGAGACACACCACAAAGAAUAAGGUCCUGGUCUAUUGACAGUGGUACUAUGAAAAGAAGAAGAGUAGAUUCAGAGGAAGAGGAACUGGAAAGAGAAGAAUCAUACAACGAACAGGCAAAGACUGUUAAGAAAGGAAUAGAAAAUAUUAUGAAAAUGAUCAAGAUAUUGAAACAGAACGAAGAGCAGAAUACAAAGAGGGAGAUCAAGAAAGCUGUACAGAUGCUAGAAAGACAAGCGGACAUAUUUAACAGAAAGGACACAAAACAAUGGAUACAAGAAAUGGGAGAAGGGAGGGUGAAAUGCAAGAGAAAGGAAGUGAAAGAAAUGAGCACACAGACAGAAACAGAGGAAGAGAUAAGAGAAAGGUCACAGGAAAUGAUAGAAGAACAAGAGAUAAAUAGAGCCGUUACAUACGAAGAGUGGAAAAGGCUAGUAAAUAAGAAAUGGAAGAGAAGAUACUACAACAGAACGGCAGUAAAAGAAGGAAAUCCAUUGUGGCAGCAACAAGUUACGACUAGAGUAGUGGUCGUGGAGCCUGAAGACGAAAAUAUGACUCGAAGCAUACAAAGCCAAUUUAAAAUGGCAUAUCCGGGUUUGGAAGAACUAAAUGAAAAAUACGAAGAAAUAGAGCGGACAACAAAGACGAAGAUAAGAGGAAAAGAAAUAGAAAGAAAUGAAAAAGUCAUAAAGCUAACGGUAGAGAAAACAGACCUAUCAGUAUGGAAAGCGAUGAGCGAAUUAAAGGAAAGGAAUAAAAAGGAGAAGAAGAUCGCGAUACAUCACAUCAGACAGAUGACCCUGAGCAAAUUCAGAAAGAUGUUGGAGAUAGUGUUUAAAGGAACAGAUAUAGAAAUGGAAUUGUAUACAACGCGAGCAAAAAUAGAAGAAAAAAAUGAGGAAAAGACACAAAAUGAAAGAAAGACAUACGCAAUAAUAGUAGAAAGACCGGGGAAAACUUAUGAAGAGACGGUGAGAGGAAUUAAGCAACAGCUCGAGGGUAAAAAGGGAAUAGAUAAAAUAGAGGAGAUAAGAAGUACACGGGAUGGAAAAGUUCUAAUCACAACGCAAAAAGACAAGGAAGCAGUAAUGGAUAUACAGAAAGCGCUGGGGGACGAGAAGGGACAAAAGGUAACGGAAAGAGGAGUCGGGGAGGGAAAAACGACUAAGACGAUCCACAUAAAAGGAUUAAUGUUAACAACGGAGAAGGAGGAGAUAGAAGAAGCGAUCAUUAGAGAGACAAGUACCGAAAGUAGUGAAAUAAAAAUGAGCUCUCUGAGACCAUACGCGGAGAGUAUGAUGGCAGUAACGGUAGAGAUGACUGAGAGAGGGGCAAGGAAAUUGAUUAGAACAGGAAGAAUAAGAAUAGGACUAUCAAUGUGUUCCAUAGAAGAAAGAACAAGAAUUAAAAGAUGUUUAAAAUGUUGGUCGCCGAAACAUUUAAUUAGGGACUGUGUAGGACCCGACAGAAGAAACUGCUGCUACAACUGUGGAACAGAAGGGCACCAGACAAAGGAGUGCAAAAACCCAACAAGAUGCCCGGACUGUGAAAAAGAAGGGCACAGAGCGGCUAGCAUGAGGUGCGAGAUGUAUAGAGCACAAAUAAAGGAAGAUAAGCAGGAAAGGAGUAAUAGGAAAGAAAGUUCGAAAAUCGGAGGAGAAGAGAUGGAAAACACCAGAGAAAGAGAGAAGGGAGAACAAAGUGCAACAACGAAUGAGGAAGAUAUGGAAGUGGAAAUAGGACAAAAAGCUGAGGUACAGUGGAUUACACAAGAGAGGAGUAAGAGAGAGAGGAGUGGAGAGGGAAAGAAAAAGAGGAAUAAACAGAAUAGAGAGAACAGGGGUGAAGCAGAAGUGAGGGGAGUAGUGGCUGAGGAUAAACCAAAUAUCAAAAAAUGGCUCAAAUAA